AUGGCCCGGCCUGGGCAGCGUUGGCUUGGUAAAUGGCUUGUGGCGUUGGUCCUGUUGGCUCUGUGCCGGCUUGCCACGCCAUUCGCUAAGAACCUGGAACCCGUGUCCUGGAGCUCUCUCAACCCAAAGUUCCUAAGUGGGAAGGGCCUGGUGAUCUACCCGAAGAUUGGAGACAAGCUGGACAUCAUCUGCCCCCGAGCAGAACCAGGGCGGCCCUACGAGUACUAUAAACUAUACCUGGUGCGGCCUGAACAGGCAGCUGCCUGUAGCACAGUGCUCGACCCCAAUGUGCUGGUCACCUGCAACAGACCAGAGCAGGAAAUCCGUUUCACCAUUAAGUUCCAGGAGUUCAGUCCCAACUACAUGGGCCUGGAGUUCAAGAAGCACCAUGAUUACUAUAUUACCUCUACAUCCAAUGGAAGCCUAGAGGGGCUGGAGAAUCGAGAGGGAGGUGUGUGCCUUACACGCACCAUGAAAAUUGUCAUGAAGGUUGGGCAAGAUCCUAAUAUUGUGAUGCCUGAGCAGCUGACUACCCGCUGGCCUAGCAAGGAAGCAGACAACACUGUUAUGAUGGCCACACAAACUCCUCAUGGUCGGAACCCUUUAGGGAGCUCUGAUGGCAAGCAUGAGACUGUGAACCAGGAAGAGAAGAGUGGUGGCAGUGGCAGUGGGGACCCUGGCAGCUUCUUCAACUCCAAGAUGGCAUUGUUUGCAGCUGUUGGUGCAGGCUGUGUCAUCUUUCUACUCAUCAUUGUUUUCUUGACGAUUCUGCUACUAAAGCUGCGAAAGCGGCACCGAAAACACACACAGCAGCGGGCAGCUGCCCUUUCACUUAGUACGUUGGCCAGUCCCAAGGGGGGCAGUGGCACAACAGGCACUGAGCCUAGCGACAUCAUCAUCCCCUUACGGACUACAGAGAACAACUACUGCCCCCAUUAUGAGAAGGUGAGUGGGGACUAUGGGCAUCCUGUCUACAUCGUCCAGGAGAUGCCACCCCAGAGCCCAGCGAACAUCUACUACAAGGUCUGAGUGCCUGAUGUGGCCUUGAGCCUUAAAGGACAGAUGGCUUGGAC